GCAGCAGCAGCAGAUUGAAUGAAGUGUCUUUGCAGGCUGCCGACCACACGGAGGACACCGUACUGGCUUGCUCAGGAUGCCAGAGAUGUACAGCCAGAAUGCAUCAGUAUUUUUCAGCUCAUCGUAGGGCGGAUUUUAGCCUCACCACGUCUCCUUUCCAGGCCGGACUUAAGAAGCUACGGGGCCUCGAGGAACCUCCUCUCCGCCUUCAUGGUAUCUGGAAAGCAGCGAUCUGCUCCGGCGACUGUCAGCUCCCCUGAGCGGGUGAUUAAGAACUUGGGGGAAAAGGAAAUGGUCAAGAUGGCAGCUGUGUACAGAAUGAUGAAGCUGUGAUGUGUUGGCAGCAAAUGAAGUGUUUUUAAUUUCUUUUGUCAGGCGGGACGCGAGCGCGUGUGAGGGAACGCUGUUUGGAUUCCUUUAAGAUUCUCUCGACUCUUAGUGUCUUUCUUUACCACAUUUAGCUAAAUUGCAGUCCAUGUUUGCAGGGUGUGGGCUGUGCACGACAAAAGGCAAUGUUUUCUUAAUGCUGGUCAGCCCGAUCGGCGCUCUGUGCUGCGGAUAGACAGAUAAACGGACGGAGGGACACGUGCUGGGACUUGGCUGCAGGCUGCGUAUUUGCAUAUCGUGCAUAGUAAAUAUAAAGUCCCUGAAGCCUGAACACUACAUUGAUGGAAUGCGAUCAGAAUGAUUUUAUAACCUUCAGUGCAAAUACCGAGAUAUUGCGAUUAACAUGGCCGAGGCACUACGUAACUCCAAAGAGCCUCCCCUAAACAUCGAGAUCGAUCCGGAUUUCGAGCCCCAGAAGCGCCCACGAUCCUGCACUUGGCCCUUGCCCCGUCCGGAGUCCGGUGCGGGUAAACCCGGGGCGAAUGACACUGACGUAAUCCCCGAAGAGGAGGAUGAUGAGAGCGGGAGCGCGGAGAACGGCGCUGCACAGAAAGCCAGCGGUGUCACAUUUAAAGAGCCGAGCAGCAGCAGCUCCAUCUCCCAGCCGGUGGAGGUCCAGCGCGGCCCCUGCAAAGAGGAGGCCGCCGACGGCUCGCCUUCCUCCGCGCAGACCCCUGGCGCGGCUCUGUGCGGCUCUGCCUCCCAGCAGCUGAGGAAGUCAUCCGCCCGCAGAAAUGCCUGGGGCAACUACUCCUAUGCAGACCUCAUCACCCAAGCCAUCGAGAGCUCCCCCGAGAAAAGACUGACCUUGUCCCAAAUAUAUGACUGGAUGGUGAGGUCUGUGCCAUAUUUCAAGGACAAAGGCGACAGCAAUAGCUCUGCUGGCUGGAAGAAUUCCAUCCGACACAAUCUGUCCCUCCAUAGUCGCUUUGUGAAAGUCCAGAAUGAAGGAACAGGGAAAAGUUCCUGGUGGAUGGUCAAUCCAGAAGGUGGAAAAGGAGGCAAAGCCCCCCGACGAAGAGCUGUUUCAAUGGAUAACAGUAAGUACAUCAAAGGAGCUCGGGGACGUGCCACCAAGAAGAAAGCCUCUCUGCAGGCCGCACAGGACGGCAGCUCUGAGAGCUCCUCAAGUCUCUCCAAAUGGACGGGGAGUCCCACCUCCCGAAGCAGUGAUGAGCUGGAUGCCUGGACAGACUUCCGAUCCCGGACCAAUUCUAAUGCCAGCACACUCAGCGGCCGUCUUUCUCCAAUCCUUGCUAAUCUCGAGUUGGAUGAGGUGCCUGAUGAUGAUUCUCCUCUUUCCCCGAUGCUGUACUCCAGCCCCAGCAGCAUGUCCCCGUCCACGGGCCCCACAGGGCUCUCUGACCUGGCAGGUACCAUGAAUCUUAACGACGGGCUUUCAGACAACCUGAUGGAUGAUCUUUUAGACAACAUUAGCCUGACAGCAUCCCAGCAGCCUCCUCCUGGAGAGGAAGACACUGGAGCCAACGGCCAGGGGAGCUCAGUGUUUACCUUCAGCUGCUCAGGAAGUGGUCUAGGUAGUCCGUCUGGCAGCUAUGGGUCAAAUCCUAUUUUCAGCCCGCCGUCUAUCACAAGCUUGCGGCAGUCGCCCAUGCAGACCAUCCAGGAGAACAAGCAGACCACUUUCACGUGCAUUUCACACUUCAGUGACCACCACACCCUGCAGGAUCUGCUGAGCCUGGACUCCCACAGCCAUGUCAUGCUCACCCAGUCCGACCCUCUGAUGUCACAGGCCAGCACCGCCAUCACCCUACAGAACUCACGCCGAAACGCCAUGCUGCUCCGCAAAGACCACAUGGUGGUGAACCACACAAGUGCAGGCCAGGCCCAAAGCUCUUCAGUGCCUGGUUGGCAAGCUGGCUUGUCAACCUCUGACAAUGAUGCUGGCCACCCCGAUGCCAAGCCACCACACCUGAAGUCUCCCGGCAAAAACGCCUCUAUGCAGCUCAGCUCUGGCUUGUCUGGCCAGGACCGCUUUUCUGCCGAACUGGACCUUGACAUGUUCAACGGCAGUCUGGAGUGCGACAUGGACUCAAUCAUUCGCAAUGAACUGAUGGAUGCAGAUUGCCUGGACCUGAGCUUCGAUGCUCGCCUCACCUCCACCCAGAACACCAACAGGAAUUCAGGAAGCUUCUCCACCUCGAAGCAGACAUCCUCUCAAAAGUGGGUGCAAAGCUGAGAAGCAGCCAGCAUGAAUUAAUAAAACAAAUGGGGCUGGGGAUGUAAAUUUGGGUUCAUUGUUCUUCAUUCUGCAAAUAGAGGGGGAAAAGUGUGUAAAAGUGUAUUUAUGUAGUAUUUUCUUCCAUUAAUUUUAAUGUGAGGCAUUAAGUUCAGUACUGUAUUUAAGUGUCUGAGACACAGAAUGGUGUCUUCGCUACGAAGAAAAAAAAAAGAGAAAUCUUUAAAAAUAUUAAUGCCUGGAUGUUAGGAACAACAGUACUGACUCAAAUGAAAGUACAGGACAUCUCGGUGAAACUAAAUGGAAAGCAUCAACUCAUGUUAGUCUCAGGGAAUCGCUCAUAUCACCAAGUGAUAACGCAAAACUGAAGAUGAUUAAGUUUCCAUCCUGCUCUCUCUCGCUCUCUCCUUUCACUCCCUUUCAUAACUAAACCAAUCUUUUUGCCAAACCAGUCGUCAGGCCUUUUGUUGGUUGACGGCCUGUUUACAGAAAAAGCUGCAGAGAAUGUUGCAUCAUCACAUUCAAGUGGAGGAUACUUGAUGAGCUUUGUUUUUGUUUUUAAAUGUUUCUUUGAGAAGACGUCGCCUAAGUGAACAGCCCUUCAUUUCCCCGUCGAUGCACCAAGUCACACACACCAAAUAUCAGUCUGUUACAUACGUUAUCAAGACAUGAACUGAUCAUUGUGUGGUUUUUGUACGUUAUUUUUUUUUAAGCAAACCCUGUGAUUUUAGUGACAUUACUGUGAAUUUUGUUCCUUCUGAAGAGGUGCAUCACUGAAGUAUUGACAAAUUAUGUUUCUGCUGCAGAUUCCUGUUCACCAUUUUCCAUCCUCUUCAUCUUCUACUUACCACUCUAUAUACAGACAUUAGGUUGAAAUUAGGGACAUGAUUUAGCUCAACUUUGCACCACCAACCUAAUAAAUCUUUAGAACUUUUUGAAUUAAAAUAACCACUCUUGAGCACUGUAUUGCAAAUCAUUCAUUAAAAGGAGUUCUUGGUGCUAUAAAUAUGAAGAUAGCAGGGAGUGGCUGCAGAUGGAGCGGCGUUUGUAGCCUCUCCCUCGUUAUCAGCACUAUAGCAGGUGCUCGGGAAAAUGUUUUCAACCUUGUCAGAUGAAAGUGUGGUACUUUAGAGCCAUUUUUUUUGCCAUUAAAGAAAAAAAGUAUUUUAAAUCUUGCCAAUUUUUUUUUUCUGCAUUUAAGAUAAGUGGAUAUAAAGGAUAUUCAGUGUGUAGCUAUUAGGAACCAGUGUUUAUAAGGGUUUAAGAAAAAAUAAUUCAGCACAGUUUUUGUAGGAACAGCAGCAUAAUUGAUUUUAAGUUUACUAUUUUAUUAUGUUUUAAGAACUGUAAGCAGAUAUUGUCCUUUUUGCCAAAUUAAACCAUUUAAAAU